UCACCACCUGCAACCUCCUGGAGCAGACAUGUCGGAGACGGCGAGUCGGACCACCCCGGUGUCUGAGAGGAAGAGCCCCCCGCUCAAGAAACUGGAGGCGGGGAUGGGCUCCUACAAGCUGUUCGUCUACGAGCGGGAGAACUUUCAAGGCCGGUGCCGGGAGUUUGGCGGCGAGUGCAUGAACCUGUGCGACGCCGGGUUUGAGCGGGUGGGGUCAAUGCGCGUCGAGUGCGGGCCCUGGGUGGCCUACGAGCUGUCCAACUUCUGCGGGGAGAUGUUCGUCCUGGAGAAGGGGGAGUACCCGCGCUGGGAUUCCUGGUCCAACAGCCGCCAGAACUACUUCAUCAUGUCCUUCAGACCCGUCUCCAUGGACUCGGAGCAGCACAAGAUCUGCCUGUACGAGAUGGCCGAGUUCAAGGGGCGCAAGAUGGAGAUCGUGGACAACGACCUGCCCAGCCUCUUCACCUACGGCUUCACGGACCGCGUGGGCAGUGCCUCCGUCAGCUGCGGCACCUGGGUGGGCUACCAGUACCCGGGCUACCGCGGCUACCAGUACUUGCUGGAGAGGAACGACUUCAGGCACUGGAACCAGUGGGGUGGCCGGCAGCCACAGAUUCAGUCCAUCCGCCGCAUCCGCGAUGGACAGUGGCACAGGACCGGCUGCUUCAACUAGAAGCCUGCAACGGGAGCGACCUCACCGGAGAGUUAAAGCGUGAGAGGCUGUUCAGUGGCAGGGGUUGCUCCAUUGUUGAAACCGCCUUUGUAAUCAAAAAAUAAAUUCAC